CGCAGGAGGAAUUGAAGCCAUGGCAGCGUUGGAUGAAAAUAUGCUCGCGUGCACAUACGCAACCCUGAUUCUUCACGAUGACGGGCUUCCCAUCACCGCUGACAACGUUGCCAAGCUUACUGAGGAGGCUGGACUAGAAGUCCCGGGAUUCUGGCCGAAACUCUUCGUCAGCGCCAUCGCCGAUUCAAACAUCAACGAGCUCAUGAUGAAUGUCGUAGCGACUAGCCCAGGAGGAGGCGCAGCAGCAGGAGGCGCUGCUCCUGCUGCCGCUGCCGCCGCUCCUGCUGCCGGCGGAAAGCCCGCUGCUGAUGCCAAGAAGAAGGCACCGGAACCUGAGGAGGAGGAGGACAUGGGAUUCUCAUUGUUUGACUAAUCAUUUAGCAUGGGGAAUUAAAAGUCAUCUCUGGGAAUUUAUUGUUAUAGUUAAUGCAGGACAUGAAAGA